AUGCUCGUCGCAACGAGUGUCCCGGAUAAAAACUUCGUAGUAGCCGAAAACCCGCCCCAAAUCUGGUCAAAAAGUAGAGAAGAAUGGAUGGAACUUGGAUGGUCGAGGGACGAGCACUGUUUUGGAGUGCCUGCGAUCGCAUUCGUCCCAAGUGGAAACUACCAGCUUCUCAAGCAGAGGUACAUCCACCAUUUCUGGACAGAUGUCAUCGUUUAUGAUUACGACCCGAAAAAUGACUGUUUCGCCGUAUUUCCCUGUUCGGCCACACAUGGCCCCUACCUUCUUAAAAGGAUCUACAUCUGCUUCAUCGGAGAAAACCCUGUUGUUUACUGCGACCGGAUUGCCAGUGCUGUUGCACUACGAAACCAUGCUGAAUACCAACUAAGAUUCAGAUUUUUUAAGGAUAGUGUGGAUAUCAGCGUUGAUGAAAAGUAUGAGGAGAUGUCUUCAAGGCUUAAGCAAAUUCUCGAAGAGACUGCAUCGAAGCAGCCGAAUCUGUCUGAUGUUUCGACGGAACUUAUGGCCCAAUGGAAUGACAUGUUUAGAAAAGUGGUUAUAUCGAAGCUUGUCGACAAAUUUGUCGCCUCUGGGAAAGGAGGCGAGAUAUACUAUUUGCCGAUAGAAGACCCCAGGCCGUACCAGUGGGGAGCAAACAAAACAUUUGACUGUAAUGAAGAUGAAUCAUUCAAGGAGGACCUUAGUGAAAGUGAUGUCAACAUGGUUGAAGAUGACUCAGAAGAAUGCCCUACAGAUGCAAAUCCAUUUUUGGUGUAUAAAAAGGGAGAAUCAGCACCACCCUGCACUUGCAAAAGAAUUUUAACGAGAGAUAUGGAUUCAGAAACAAUACACAAGUCAACUCACGUGUCCGAAAAGCAGGUGAUGCAAUUGAGAAAACAACAUGAAUUGGUAUGCGGCAUGAAGGGCGGGUUAUACCAAAAUAAAAAAUGCCUCUGUUUUGUUGGCGAGAAAUUCAGAAAAGGAAGUCCAGAUGGAAAACCAACAGCAACUUGGGCAACUAAAGAAACCCUUCUGCGUUUUAUUCUACAAAAGCAUACCGAUGUCCUCUAUGAAAAAAUGUAUCCUGGCCAUGUGGAGAAAAAGACUCUUUUUAAGACAACUAUGGGAAAAAUCAGAAGGAGAGGAAAAACCGUGUUGAUAAAGUCAAAAUCAAAAAAACCUGUUAAUAUAGACAUUUCCAUUUCAACUCAAGGUGAAUCAGCAACUGGCGACACAUUAUUUAAUCUUGACCAAUUAUCAAUAGUGCGCACUAAUUAUAAAAAGAUGGCAAAAAAACUGGAAGAUGUAAAUAAUGAGGUUUACCUAGCGGACGUAGGCCUAAAUCAUACUUGCUCCGAACUAAGUAUGGAUAGUGUGAGAAAUGUAUCAAGACAGCCUUCACCGUGCUACGAUGGCUAUGAUCCGAACGGAAAGCAUUCUGACAGCAACACUUCGAAAGAACAAGCGCAUAGUAUUACACCAGAAGCUGUCCAAUCAAAUUCUGCUAUCAACCAACAUGGCACCAACGGUAAUUUAUCUUUCGAGAAGCAAUACAGGGGCUCUGAAUUUGUUGAUGAUACAAAUAAAACAUUAACCAAAGAUGUUGAGCAAUACCAUUGGAAAACACAUUCUGAGAUUGAUGUUGCUACCAUGUCAGAAUAUGACCCAUUGCAGAGGCAGCCAUCCAUCCCUUCAGUUGAUCGUUUUGACUUGGCUGGCUAUAUGAAAAAAAAGAGAGCAAAAGAAAAAACUUUGAUAUGCAAGGAUAGAGUGGAAAGAAGUAGUAGAGAGAGUGUUCAACUAAGAUCCAGACCUGAUACUAGAAACAGUUCAGAGAUGAAUAAACCAAGAAGAUAUAGGAAAGAAAAAGUUAUGAAGUCAAUUGUAAGGCGAAAUAAUGAAGCCAUAGAUAAUGAACAAAAGGCAAAAAUGAAAAAUGUUCGAAUUGAUACUACAACAAAAACUAACAGCUUCACAAAACUGUCAAGAAAUACGGAAAGCCCACCAAGAAAGAAUAUUAGCAAACAUAGACAACAUGAAGAAGUGCAGACAAAUGAUGAUAACUAUACAAAUCAGCAAACAGACGUCCUUAACUAUCAUGCGCAAACAUCACAUAACAUACCAAAAAUGGCAAAAUCAGAAAAACGUUCAAAAGGCUUAAAGAGAAUUUCUGUUCUGGCCAGUCCAUUUACAAAGAGAGCAAUGCGGUCAAAGUCAAACAUUGAUAACCUACUGUCCCAAAUAGAAAUUGAUCCUGUUAUUGAAGUACUGAUCAAUCCAGACAACUCGGUGAAGUCGAUUAUCCGAUCUGCAGCUGAAGAUGUCUUGGAUAAUAAUACUCAAGUUAAGACAAUGAAAAGAGGUAAAUUGAAGGACAGGAAAGGAAAACACUUGUUAAAAAUGCAGUAUAAAGAAGAAAUAAAUAACACAUUAAGUAAGCUGCAGGAUAAACUGACAGCACGCCUUCAAAAUCUGAAUUAUUCCUCAGAAGGUACUGAAGAUAGGGAAAUUGAAUCUAACGGGCCCAGUGAUGUAAAAAGACAAGAAGUCAAAUAUAAUUCUAGCACUCCUGUACGACUGCCUUCAGUAAUAACUACAGAGCUAGAAAGCCAGAAAAUAUCUUCUGAGGACUCUCUGCCAACAUUCCAUCCUAGGGAGUCAGCAAAAGCCAUAGGCUUGUUGGGGCCAUCUUCUUUGUUAAGAGACCAGCAACAAUCAACCCCCAAAAAGUAUACGGCGCCACUUUUGAAACACCCGACUAAAACAAAAGAAAGAGAAGUUGAGCCAAAAAAGAAAUUGAACAAAAAAGUGCCCACAGUUAAAAAGAAGAGAACGGUGAAAGUUCAGUUAAAAAAUAAUUUGCCUGACAAAACCAGAGAUACAGAGACAUGUAAAACCACAACUCAUAAGGAUACAAAGCAGAAAGGAAAUCAAAGUAAAAGUUGCAAACAAGAAGACAAACGUCAUGGCUCUAAACAAGGAAAUAAAGCAUCUAGGUACAGCUUUGAAGUGCUGUCUCUUCUCAGUUCUCAGGAGUUGUCAGAAGCAAAUAGUAAUUUAAAUAAUUGUAAUGUAUCAACUGACACAACGAGGUCUCAAAGCUCGAGCAACUUCUGGAACCAAUCAGCAACGAUAGAUGAAUAUAGAGCACUCAUUGGAGAAGACCUGCUUGGGCUUUUGCAAACUGCUCGAACAAUGCUCAGAUCAAAGAGUUCCAAUAAAAAGGCCCAUCUAAGAAGGAGUGAAUCGUUAAAAUAUCCAAGUGAAAAACCCAAGAAAGUACUCAUCGAAAGUCACAAAUCAUACCCAAUUUUACCAACGUCUUUAGUUAGAAGUAGAGGCCAGUCUGAAAAAAGACUUGAGAAAAGUGAACCCAUAUAUGAAAAAAGGAUAACACACCAAGAAGUACCUAAGUCUCCGGUACAAACAGAAAAACACUUGAAAAGUGUUAUGCUACCUGAUAUGGCACAAGAAUUAUUGUCCAACUAUCACACAGUUCAAAAUGAAUACAAAGAACAAAAGCAAUACUUGCACCAAUUCCCUAAUGAUGUAAUAGGCAAAUUAGAGGCUAUUAUGAAGGAUAAAGAAAAGCCAGGCACUCCAGCCUACAAUCUACUCAAUGACAUGAAAGCCAAGCUAAGCCAAACGUCAAUCGGUAGGCCCUGUGAACCUCAACCUGUGUGGGGCGAUAUAGCACAAGACGGAGUGAGCGACACGGUAAGAGUAGAUCGUUUGCUGAACCCAGCAGCAGUUACAUACACUAAAGGGGAGUACAAAGAUCUUUUUGGAAAUCAAGUUCAAGGCAAUAUUGAGAAAUAUUUAGUUUAUUCUGGUUAUGAAACUGCAGGGAAAGAUCAGGAUAAGGCUGCUAGUGAUACAUUUGAAGAAGAUGGUGCAGUUGAUAAUUCCAAACACUACGCAUACACAAUUCCUUACGAAAAUGAGCUUGAAGGUUACAAAUUUUCUCAUGGGGAAACUAGAACUGGAAAUCUUCAAACACCAAGGAGGCAAGCAUUUACAUUGAUGACUGUGAUAACAACUGCUAAACGAAUGCAUGUCAAAGGAUGCACUUGUGUCAAAAUUUGCAACUGCAAUACUAGUUUGCACCAAGCAGGGCAUUCUGUGGUGAUUGGGGAUGGAAACAAAGUCAAAUUUGAAGCGAUUGAUUUGUUAGAAACAGAACGACCAAAACAGGCUAUAAAAACAAUUCCAACCAAAAUUUUUGAAGUCACCCCGCCUGAGAAGUUUGGACAGUACAAAGCCGAAUUCAUGUCUCAGCUUGCUGAAUUGCAAGCACAAUACGAUGAAAAGGCUAAAGCUCAUGCCAAGCUUCUACCAAAAGCUGUCAAAGCUCCCAAAGGAAUUGAUGUGUAUGGGAAUAAAAAGUUUAAACAACGAGAUACAUCUCAAAUAAAUGAUGCCGCAUUGGAAUGUCAAAGAUCAAGGGAAGAUCUUCCAUUGAAAGCACACCCUCGAUCAAUGCCAAUAUCACAUAUUUUCAAUUUGAAAGAAUUUAUGGCUUCAAAUGUCAUAUUGCAAGAGGGAAAUAAUAGGAUAAUGGUGAAAGAACAAAAAGUGGAACCUAAGCGAAAGAAACACUUAAAAGAAGAACCUAUACAGUGGAAAUUACCUGCUCCUGGGGAUGCUUCUUCUUCUGAUGUGAUUGACUUGGAUAAAUAUUCUUCGGGCGAUGAACUUGAAAUUAAGAGGAGUGAUUCUGAACUAUCAUUCGGUCAAGGAGGAGGUUCAGAAUUGGGAUCUAUAAAGGAUAAAUCACUUAAAAAUGUGCCAAGCGAUAACNCUAAAAACCUUAAUUAA